AUGGCCCCGCCCCCCAGAAUGCCCUCCGCGCUGCUCCUGCUGCUGCCCAUCUUGAGUUCUGCAAGAGCUCAGGUCAACCCAGCCGUGUGCCGCUACCCGCUGGGCAUGUCGGGAGGCCACAUCCCGGACGAGGACAUCACCGCAUCCAGCCAGUGGUCGGAGUCCACCGCGGCCAGAUAUGGACGGCUGGACUCGGAGGAGGGGGAUGGAGCCUGGUGCCCGGAGGUCCCGGUGGAGCCAGACGACCUGAAGGAGUUCCUGCAGAUCGACCUGCGCUCCCUGCACUUCAUCACCCUGGUGGGCACCCAGGGCCGCCACGCCGGCGGCCACGGCAUCGAGUUCGCCCCCAUGUACCGGCUGCACUACAGCCGGGACGGCGCGCGCUGGAUCUCCUGGCGGAACCGGCACGGGAAGCAGGUGCUGGACGGGAGCAGUAACCCCUACGACAUCUUCCUGAAGGACCUGGAGCCGCCCAUCGUGGCCAGGUUCGUCCGCUUCAUCCCGGUCACCGACCACGCCAUGAACGUGUGCAUGCGGGUGGAGCUUUACGGCUGCGUCUGGCUCGACGGCUUGGUGUCCUACAACGCCCCGGCCGGCCAGCAGUUUGUGCUCCCUGGAGGCGCCGUCAUUUACCUGAACGACUCUGUCUACGACGGAGCUGUGGGGUCCAGCAUGACCGAGGGGCUGGGCCAGCUGACGGACGGCGUGUCCGGCCUGGACGACUUCACCCAGACCCACGAGUACCACGUGUGGCCCGGCUACGACUACGUGGGCUGGAGGAACGAGAGCGUGGCCAACGGCUACAUCGAGAUGGUGUUCGAGUUUGACCGCAUCCGGAACUUCACCACCAUGAAGGUGCACUGCAACAACAUGUUCGAGAAGGGCGUGAAGACCUUCAGGGAGGUGCAGUGCUACUUCCGCUCCGAGGCCGGCGAGUGGGAGCCCAACGCCGUGAGCUUCCCGCUGGUGCUGGACGCCGCGAACCCCAGCGCCCGCUUCGUCACCGUGCCGCUGCAGCACCGCAUGGCCAGCGCCCUCAAGUGCCAGUACCACUUCGCCGACACCUGGAUGAUGUUCAGCGAGAUCACCUUCCAGUCAGAUGCCGCCAUGUACAACACCUCCGGGGCCCCGCCCGCCUCGCCGGGGGCGCCCACCACCUACGACCCCAUGCUGAAAGUCGAUGACAGUAACACCCGGAUCCUGAUCGGCUGCCUGGUGGCCAUCAUCUUCAUCCUCCUGGCCGUCAUCGUCACCAUCCUGUGGAGGCAGUUCUGGCAGAAGAUGCUGGAGAAGGCUUCUCGGAGGAUGCUGGACGACGAGAUGACCGUCAGCCUGUCGCUGCCCAGCCAGUCCAGCAUGUUCCAGAACCACCACUCCUCCCUGCCCAGCGAGCAGGGCUCCAGCUCCACCUACGACCGCAUCUUCCCGCUGCGGCCCGACUACCAGGAGCCCUCCAGGCUGAUCCGCAAGCUCCCGGAGUUCGCCCCCGGGGAGGAGGAGCCGGGCUGCAGCGGCCUCGCCAAGCCCGGCCCGCCCGGCGCCGAGGGCGCGCCCCACUACGCGGAGGCGGACAUCGUGAACCUGCAGGGCGUGACCGGGGGCAACACCUACUCGGUGCCCGCGCUCACCAUGGACCUGCUCUCGGGCAAGGACGUGGGGGUGGAGGAGUUCCCCCGCAAGCUCCUGGCCUUCAAGGAGAAGCUGGGGGAGGGCCAGUUCGGGGAGGUGCAUCUCUGCGAAGUGGAGGGAAUGGACAGGUUCAAAGGCAAAGACUUGGCCGUGGAUGCCAGCGCCAGCCAGCCGGUCCUGGUGGCCGUGAAGAUGCUGCGGGCGGACGCCAACAAGAACGCCAGGAACGAUUUUCUGAAGGAGAUAAAGAUCAUGUCCCGCCUCAAGGACGCCAACAUCAUCCGCCUCCUCGCCGUGUGCAUCGCCGACGACCCUCUGUGCAUGAUCACCGAGUACAUGGAGAACGGCGACCUCAACCAGUUCCUCUCCCGCCACGAGCCGCCCAGCUCCACCCCCAGCCAGGGGCCCACUGUCAGUUACGCCAACCUGAAGUUCAUGGCGACUCAGAUCGCCUCUGGCAUGAAGUACCUUUCUUCCCUGAAUUUUGUCCACCGCGACCUGGCCACACGGAACUGCCUGGUGGGCAAGAACUACACCAUCAAGAUCGCCGACUUCGGGAUGAGCCGGAACCUGUACAGCGGGGACUACUACCGCAUCCAGGGCCGCGCCGUGCUGCCCAUCCGCUGGAUGUCCUGGGAGAGCAUCCUGCUGGGCAAGUUCACCACGGCCAGCGACGUGUGGGCCUUCGGGGUGACUCUGUGGGAGGCCUUCACCUUCUGCCAGGAGCAGCCCUACUCCCAGCUGUCGGACGAGCAGGUCAUCGAGAACACCGGCGAGUUCUUCCGGGACCAAGGGCGGCAGACGUACCUGCCGCAGCCCGCCAUCUGCCCCGACUCCGUGUACAAGCUGAUGCUGAGCUGCUGGAGGAGGGACACCAAGCACCGGCCCUCGUUCCAGGAGAUACACCUGCUGCUCCUCCAGCAGGGGGACGAGUGA